AUGACGGACAAAAAAGACUUCAGAAUGAGUACCAAAGGGUUUAACUGGGUUUAUUCUGAUUAUUCGAAUCUCAUCCCCUAUCAUUCCCUACCAAUAUUUACAGGUGCUAUUCAAGCGUGUGUUUUCAACGAAGAUUCGAAUCAAGCCCAUCCUCAUGGUAAAACGGCGUGUUGUGGUAAAUCCGCAGAUCCCGAAUUUUAUUUCACAAAGACACAGAUUUGUUGUAAUGGAACUGUUCACAAUCGGCAUGGAAAACAAUGCUGCGACGGGGAGCUGUAUGAUCCAGAAAUAAGUAUAUGCUGUAAUAAUACCGUGCAUGAUAAAGAGAACAGAGUUUGCUGUGGCUCUAAGCUAUUCACAUCUGACACCCAUCCAGUUGUAUGUUGUGGCGGAAAAUUACAUAACAGCCAUCAAAGUUGUUGUGGCGGACAAGAAUUGUACGACGAGUCGUCACAGAUCUGUUGUGAAUACAAGGACUCCUUCAGCAUCGCCGAAAACAAAAACAGGGACUGCUGUCGUAACAGAUCAUAUGACAUAGAACACCAACAUUGUAUCAACGGGCAAGUCCUUGGCUUUAAAGAGGAGUUAUGUGGUAUAAACAAAUACAACACUUCAGAAAAGAAAUGCUGUGACAGGACACUGUACAACAUGCCUCAAUUUCUGCCGGACUGUUGUGGAUCAAAUUUGUAUGAUAUCAGUCAAUCACAGUGUUGCCUUGGAUCGAAAAAGGUCGUACCUCUUAAUCUGCAAUGUUGUGGAGAAGGCAAGUAA